AUGGCGAAGAAGAGGAAGCUCGAAGCGGGACCCCCACAAAUUGAAAAGGAAGAGGAAAUCGUCGUCGAAGAAGAAGACCUCGAAGAGAUCAUCGACAACGAUGACGAAGAAGAAAUUGAAUACGAAGAAGUUGAGUAUGAAGAAGAAGAGGAAGAAGAAGCGGACGUUGAAGUAGACGAUCCACGCAACAACAACAGCGUUGGGGAGAAGCCAAUCCUGAGCAAAAAUGUUGGUGGCGACGCGUCGACAAUUCCAACCAACAACAAUAACGGCGGCGAGGUGGAGGAGGAGCCGAUUCAUAGCGUCCUAGCUGCAUUCAGUAAGGAAAAAUUGGUCGAAUUGCUUGCGGAGGCCGCGCAUCGCCACGUCGACUUGGCAGCUAGGGUUUGGGCAUCGGCGGAUGUGGACCCCUCCCAGCGGAAGAUAUUCGUGCACGGCCUCAAUUGGGACACCGCCGAGGAGACGCUGCUCAAGGAGUUCGCGAAACACGGCGAAAUUGAGGAAUGUCGCCUUAUCACCGACAAGAUCACCGGUCAAUCGAAGGGUUACGGGUCCGUUUUCUUUAGGACCUGCCGUGCAGCUCGCCAGGCGCUGAAGGAGCCUCAGAAGUUGAUCGACAGAUGA